CCAAAAGCCGUAAUAACGUGAAUGUUUAACUUUUUGAACACCCCUCUCACAAUGAUGAGUUAUGUAUUAUAGAUGUCAUUAAUAUUUUCUAAACAAAAACUACCGUUUAUAAAUAUUCAUUAAUUUAAUUAAAUUAAAUUAAUAUUUAUGUCUCUAACAAACAUUCAACCCAAAUUUCGACCUAAACAUAAAGUCAAGGCAUGGAAUAAUUAAUGUACUCGUACAAGGAAAAUGGCCUAUAAAUAGGACUGUAAAUUAUUAGAAAAAGUAAACAGUUAACAGGACCAGAUUGCCACAGACUGGUUUAUAUCUAAGUACACAGGUCACUCUCAAGCAUGUGAGAUGGCGACCGAUGUUGAAGAGAUAGGUAUUGUUGGGAUAGGCUGUAGAUUUCCCGGUGCGAAUGAUAUCCAUGAAUUCUGGAAGCUACUUGAAAAUGGUGAAAACCAUGUUAAAGACAUACCAAAGGAGAGAUGGGACAAUGACAAAAUUUACAGUGAGGCAUUUGACGAACCUGGAAAGAUCUAUGUCAAGAAAGCUGGGCUGUUGACAGAACAUGACAAGUGGGACAACCGUUUGUUUGGUAUUAGUGACCUUGAAGGUGUCAGGAUAGACCCCCAGCAACGUUAUGUUCUGGAAUGUACACAUAUGGCAUUAGAAGACGGAGGUUUUACAAGAGAACAGAUAUCCGGUACAAACACAGGAGUGUUUAUAGGCGUUAUGAAUGAUGAUUAUAAAAGUUUGAUGGGUACAGAUCACAGCGCUGAUACCAAUUUUACAGCAACAGGUCUAAGUACAACGGUUAUUGCAUCUAGAGUUUCAUAUGUGUAUAAUCUUCAUGGACCAUGUAUGACAAUAGAUACAGCAUGUUCUUCUGCUAUGAUGGCAAUGCAUUUAGGAUGCCAAGCAAUACGUGCAGGUGAAUGUGACUUAGCAAUAUGUGGUGGUGUCAGCAGUAUAUUGUCCCCUGAUAUGUUUCUUCCCCUUUGCAAGGCAAGGAUGUUAUCAAAGGUGGGACAAUGUCAAACAUUUUGUGAUACGGCUGAUGGGUACGCCAGAGGUGAAGGCUGCGGUAUCGUUAUUUUACAGUCAACGAAGAGGCCUACAAAAGUCAAGAAUUUAUGGGGUAUAUUGCAAACUGGUAUAAACCAAGAUGGCCGAGCAACAUCGCCUAUGACGGCACCAUCUAGUAAACAACAGCAGAAAUUAUUACACAGUGUUUACGGGAAAUAUAAGGUGAAUCCAAAAGACUUAGACUACAUUGAAGUUCAUGGUACAGGGACGCCUAUUGGGGAUCCUACUGAAAUUGAUGCGAUAUCAACAUUUAUCAAAGCAAAACUCCAGGAAACAAACGAUUAUGAUCUUUCACGGAAGAUUUUAAUGGGUUCUGUGAAAACAAAUAUAGGUCAUACAGAAUCCGCAGCUGCUGUAGCAGGUAUUAUCAAAGUUUUGCUCAUGAUGAGAUACGGAAAGAUUAUCAAAAGUUUACAUAUCAAAGAAGACAAAUCAAAUCUAAACAAAAGAGUUAAGCUUGAGGAUACGAUACUAGAUAUAUCUGUACGCACGGCAGAAUGGCCAAAGAAUCAAUUCGGAAAUAGAGUUGGGUGUGUCAAUUCUUUUGGGUUUGGGGGUUCAAACGGGCAUGCUGUGAUAAAACAAUGCAGUGAGAGUUUGGAUGUACAUGAAGAUGAUGAAGAAGCUGUUCAAGGCUCUUACAUCCCUCACUUUGUAUGUAUAUUUGGAAGGGAUAAAACGUCAUUAUCUAGAAACGUAGAAGGCUUUAUAAAAGACACAAAAACGUUCCAAGAAAAACUGAACAAUUGUUCAUAUACUUCACUUUUAUAUCGCGAUAAACAUGAACAUCGAACUCUUCUUUAUGGCACAACUUUAAAUGAUAUACACCGAAGUGCACACUUUGAGUCAUAUAAAACGAGCGAAUCAGUACACGGACAAAAACAAAACUUGGUUUUUGUAUUUUGUGGAGUCGGAACAGCUUGGCCAAAAAUGGGAGCUGAAAUGAUGAAAAAACAUAAAGUUUUUCAACAGACAGUUAAAAAGGUAAGCGAUUAUAUGAAAAUAUAUUCAAAUUGUGAUGUCGAACAAAUACUGACCUGCACUGAUAACUACAGCGAUCCUUUCCUGAAUCAUGUUGCGAUAUUCACUGUACAAGUCGCAUUUUACGAAGUGUGGAAAAGCCUAGGCGUAGUUCCGGAUACAAUAAUCGGCCAGUCUGUCGGAGAAGUUGCAGCCGCAUACGCAUCUGGGGCGAUAAAUUUAUCUUCAGCCGUGAAAGUUAUAUAUCAUCGAUCAAAAAUAUUAGCGCAAAUGAAAGGUGGUGCAAUGACUGUUAUCGGAAAUGUGCCUUUAUCGCAGAUUGAAAACCGUUGCCUCAUGUCUAAAUACGAUGAUUCCUUGAAUAUUGCUGUAUAUAACAGUCCUUCCUCCUGUACUGUAUCAGGCUCAGAGACUGCAGUUAAAGAGUUAGAGAGAGAUAUGUCGUCUUGCGAGGGUGCAUUCAUACGUUCCUUAAACGUAGUUUGUGCGUAUCAUAGUCGAUUUAUGGAUGAUUGUUUGAAAGAUAUAACUUCUGCAUUAACAAAUCUUGAAAGUAGUAUUGAAACAGAUAUUCCACAAAUUUCAACAGUUACAGGGAAACUGGUUGAACCAAAGGAAUUAAUAUCCGCAGGAUAUUGGGCACAAAAUGUUCGCAAACCAGUCAUGUUCAUGCAAGCCAUAGGUAUGGCUGCAAAAGAUCACUGUAGAAACGUUUACCUAGAAAUAGGACCAAGACAGGUCCUUAGAACACAUCUUCCAAAUAUACUUGGUGAUAAGCAGAAGUACAUUUGUCUUCCAUCUAUGAAUCUCAACGAUGAGAGUUGCAUGUACAAUUCGCUUACUGCGAUGUUUGAACUAGGCAUGGACAUAAAUCUAUCAACGUUAGUGCCAAAGGAAGGUAGAUUGACAUCAUUGCCCAGGUACCAUUUUAACAGAACCUGCCCACUUUUUGUAUCAAGUUUAAGUAAACAGUACCUUUCAGGAUUGUCAAACUCAAUGGGUGCAAAGCAUUAUGUUGAAAAAGUCAAUGAAGAGUCAUUUAAAAUACUCAUUAGUCAGGAAACUACACCUUUUGUUUUUGACCAUCAAUUGUUAGGCCAUGUGACUGUGCCUGGGGCAACAUAUGUUGAAGCAGUGAUAGCCAGUUCUAGUGAAGUCCUAAAAAGUCCACCUGACAUUUUAGAACUCUCAGUUAGCUUUGAAAAUCCUUGUAUGGUAGAAAAAGGGCCAACGACUGUGCUUAAUGUUUCAUUUAAACAAAUGAAAGGUAAAGAAAACAAGUAUUUAGAGUACAAUGUGAGUGUAAAUCAACGUACUCUGUGUAACGGCCACGUUAGUGAAAGAAAACCUAUUGAAUAUUAUGAAAUAAAUGUCAAAGCAUUGAAAAUGUGUUUGACCAAGUCUAAAUCGUCAAAUGAAAUAUACGAUGUUUUGGAGAAGAUAGGCUUAACAUAUGGAGAUUCAUUGCGCCUUAUAAAAGAAUGUUACUUCACGAGGGACGAAUGUAUUUCUAUCAUACAUAUUCCAACUUGCAUCAGACAUGAUGUCAAAAACUAUACGAUACAUCCUGCAAUUGUGGAUGCCAUGUUACAAGCUUCGGGAGUUUUAUCUAACGAUGUCAAUUCAAGAUCAUUUGCAGGGAUUCCUAAAGGUUUCAAAACUCUUAAAGUAUAUACUGCAAUGCAAGAAAAUAUGCUUGUUUAUACAAAACUAACAAAAAUGACUCGAAAAAAUAGUUAUUAUACAUCCAUACUGUGUACUGAGAAAGGGACGAUAGUUGCAGAAAUGACUGACCUAAUCAUACGAACGAUGGACACAUCUAUUCCUAAUGAUUAUAUUUCGUAUGAUCUCAACUGGUUCAAGCAUGAAAUGUCACAGGAUUUUAUGUGGAAAGACACAGACAUGAAUAAUGAGGUAAUGAUUGUUUUUGGUUCAAAACGAUUUAAACGCUGGAUUUCAAAAGGCAAUUUUUCAUUUACCUUUCAUGAAAUCCCUGAUGAUCAAAAUAAGUUCAAACAAGAAGCAACGGAAGUUUUACGCCACUGUAAAAAGGGACAAAAACUUGUAUUUGCCCCGUGCAUGAAUUGCAACGAUAUUCUUGAUCUGGUUAAUGUCGAUGUCUAUAACAUCAUCAAAUCAAAUGCAAAUUCCUUGAAAACCAUUUUCAACAUCAAGCAAUCGUCUGUGGACACUACCCCGGUUUUUGUUGUGACCGAAAUGACACAGCAGUUGUCGCCCAAGUUACAAGAGAAAACGAAUUUUCUAGGGGCAGAAUUAUGGGGAUUUACACGAUCAGCUAUGACAGAAAUGCCAAGUGAAGAUAUACGCCUCAUCGAUGUAGAUUUGCAAGUAGAGAGCAUCCAGCCUUUUGUUUCCCUUGUGGUAAACACGGAAAAUAUAGUUUUAGAAUCUCUGAUAAGGAAUGGCUACAUCUAUGGAAAUGAAAUUCGUCCAUCAAUUACGCAAGACAUUGCAACUAUUCAAACAAGUAUAUCCGAAUGUUCAACGCCGAUAAGUUUAUACUCGAAUUCUUCAGAUGGUGUUUCUGAUCCAUUUCUUGCAGCUGCCUAUCGAAUAUUAGAGAAGAACGGAGUUCAAGGAGAUAAUGUGAAUAUUAAAGUUUCAACAGUGUAUAUAAACAGAAAUGAUAUGAUGACAACAAAAUCAAGCAUAUCAUUUUUUUCUUCAAAUCCUGGAAUAGAGAUCAAAACCAAUGAGUUUGUGGGUUGGAUUCAGAGAGGGAAAAAAGAAGACAGGAAUUUAAAAAAAGAUGACGAUAUUUAUGUUGUAUGUUUUCCAGUUACCGUUUCCACAGUACUGACAGUGCCAACAAGUUGUUGUUUGAAUUUGAAAGAUACUCCUUUUUACACACCAGGCUUAAUUUCCGAAACUGUAAUACUUUGGAAGAUUCGCAAACAAGUCAAACCAAACUCAAAUGCACUAAUAGUGGUAUCUGAUACAAACUGUUGGAGAGCAAAAAUACUAAGCAGGCUUUUUGAAUAUCAUAAAUCAAAAGGCAAAAUUGCUUCCUGGCAAGAACUCACUUCUCUUUCUACCAAUGAAAGAUAUUCACAUGCCGUCGUACUUCAGUUUGAAAACACAAGCAAUAUUUGCAUGCUUAACAGCAUAAUUGGUCUACAAAAUGUAAUAUGUGUAAACAGUUGGCUUCCUUGGGAUGCAGCAUCUUUCUUUAUGCAAAAUAUAGUACAUGCGGAUGUACUAACACUCAGAUCGGAAAAUAUUUUGAGUGAAAAAUGUUGCAUGAAACUAGUUCCAAAGGUGUUGAAAUAUUUGAAAACGGAUGCAGAUUUCUUUGAAAAAACCUUGCCGCGAGAAUUAACUGAAGGGAGCUUGUCAGUUAUAAGCGUAUUAUACAGUUCUGUUGAUGUACAAUCGAUAUCUAUGGAAACAAAGAUUCCAGUUAUUCUCUAUCCGUCAUCUUGCUUCAAAAAGGAUGGGUAUUACAUAUUUGUAGGCGGUACAAGUGGUCUUGGCUGGGAAUUAUUGCAAUAUUGUGCACAAUUAGGUGCGGGUAAUCUUGUUACAUUUUCCAGAAGAGGUCUCACCAAAGAAAAGAAAACUGAGAUGGAAAGAAUAGAAAGUCUAUACAGAUGUAAUAUUCAACACAUUCGAGCAGAUAUAACAGAUAUAGAUUCUUUACAAAAUGGUUUCAAUAUUCUAAGAAACAAAAAUGCAAAGGUAAAAGGUAUUUUUAAUGGAGCUGGGGUACUGAAAGAUACGCUUCUAAACAAAAUGACAACCGAAGAUCUGGAAACAGUUCUUCGACCAAAAGUGUUAGGGACAUUGAAUCUGCAUCGCGUAAGUAAGGAUUUUGCAUUAGACUAUUUUGUCACACAUUCCUCCAUUACUGCAAUAUUUGGAAAUCCGGGACAAUGCAACUAUGCAGCCGGAAAUUCAUUUCAGGAUUCAUUUGCCUUUUUUAGAUCAAGUCAUGGGUUGUGCGCUCAAAGCAUCAAUUGGGGAGCUCUACAAGUUGGAAUGGCAAGAGAAAGCGGUCCAGAUUUUGAAAAUCGUUUCCGUCGUCAGGGUAUCCAUAUUCUUAAUGACAAGGAUGUUAGAACUUGUUUUAACGAAAUAGUUCUCACAAAAGACAUUCAGAAAAUGUUCGGCAUUUUUGACUGGCAGAGAUUUAUUCAAAACCCUAUCUAUACUUCAGCGCAUUAUAAGUUCCGAAGAAUCCUUCAAGAAACUGGCUUAAUUCAACAGGAAAAACCUAUUCAAUCUUCAGAUAUCAUUCUGAGAGAUGAUUUUCAUAAGCUUCCGUCUGAAAAGAAAAAAGAAAAUCUAACAAAUGUAAUACAGUUGACAUUGACAGAGUCGCUGAUGGUUGAAAAAGAAAGUCUUCUUCCAGGCACUAGUCUCUAUAAACUAGGUAUUGAUUCCAUGUCGGCAAUGAGUAUAAGUAAUUGUCUUCAUCAAUACACUUCAAUACGCGUUCCGGUGGUUUUCCUGUUAUCUAACACAACAUCAAUAGAAGGCUUAGUGUCCUUUCUUCUACGUGAAUUAGAAGCUCGUGGCGUCGAUGAAAAUACGUUAGAAGAGGAACCUAUAAAUUAUGACAUUUUGGAUGGGUCAGUCACAUUUAUGCAGGGCAGUAUCCUUAACUGCCUUGAUACUGAUAAACCUGAAAAUUUCAUUCGCAGCAUCUGCUAUGAAGUCAAAUUGAAAAGGACAAGUGUAAGAAAAUGGGUGCAAAUAAUUACAACUCUCCUUAACCUCCACCCUGGACUGAGACAAAUAUUCUUUUGGGACCCCGUUGAAAAAAGGUUUCAGGCAAAAGAGAUUGAAAUCAACAAAUUCAAUGUUCCUAUUGACAUUGUAUCAUUUGAGAACAUAUUCGAGCAGUCAAAUCCAGAGCAGUUAGACCCAAGGAAUCAUAUUCCAGUCAAAUUUCAUCUCGCAUGCAAAGAACGCACAACAAGAAUGAAAUUAUUUCUUCAUGCAGUUGUAGUUGAUAUGCAAAGUAUCAAUGUUUUAUUUCGUGAUCUUGAAAUAUGUGCGCGGCAUCAUUUUCUAGGAGAAGAACUUCCAGAUAAUCAACGAAAUCACGUUGCGGAAACAGUUCGUUUAGCUCUGACCCCUAUGUUCAAAGACAUGCAAUCAUUUUGGAAACGGCAGUUUUCGCUGAGUGUGGAGCCGUUUAGCUUUUCUUCAUAUGAAUUGAAGACAUUACAAGAAGAAAAUUGGCGCGAGAUCGGACACGUGUUUUCCGAUGAUCAAUUCGAUAGUAUCAUAAGUUUUACCAGGAAUGAAAAAAUUACACUGUACAAUUGUGUUUUGUCAGUGUAUUUUUUGUGUAUUCAUGAAUUAACCGGUCGUGAAUAUAUACCGUUGAUAACAAAUACAAAUAUCAGGGGCUUUAUACCUGCGCUAGAAAAUGUACUAUCAAGAUGUAUUAAUGAGGUACCUGUUAUAGGCAGGGUACAAUCAAAGAUCACUAUUUCUCAAUAUUUACAAGAAAUGGCUUUGCAAUUAAAUAUGGUAACGGAACAUGGUGCAUACCCUUUUGAGCUAAUAAGACAAAACAUAAAAUCCGAAAACCUCCAACAAAAUAUAGGAAGACAUAGAUUCAUCAUUGAUGAUAUAUCAAACGUAUCAAUGCAGUCAGUCAAAAAAGACGUAACAGUAAAAGUAACUGCUGUUCGUCACCGACGACAUAACUAUGAAACAUGCUUAUUUGUCUAUCAUAAUAUGAAAGGAAAGACACUAAGCCUUGACUUGGGGUUCAAUUCGGAAUCAUUUAGCAUGUCUCGUGCACAUCUUAUGUUAGGAAGGUUAGAGUUUUUAAUGAAUCAACUAACAUCAUGCGACUUAUCUAUCUCAGUCGAGGAGUUAUUACGGGUUGAAAACAAGUCGUUGGACAUAAUCACGGAUUGCAAGAAGAAUCAGACAAAUGAAACUUUUGUUUUUGAAGAUUUUUUAAGUAAGUCAACAUCGCAUACAAAUAUUUCAAACAGAUUCACAGAAAAAAGCCGGAAAAAUACAGAAAUGAGCCAUGGUUCCACGAAAACAAUCAUGCUUGGAGAUAUUGAGAAACAGUCAGCCACUGGGAACGUAUAUGAUAUUAAAGCUACGUUACAAGAAAUGAAAACAAGUGAAAUGAAGUCGGAAUAUUACCUCUGUUGGACAUAUUUGAAAAAUGAUAGACUGAUUAGUUUGGACGCAAUAACAGAAAUGCACAUGAAGAAAAUGGGAGGUAGAUAUUGUCUUCUUCUUAAAAAUGGUGUGAAAGGUUGGCUCCAGUUUAAUGCAAAGACAUACCCACAAGCUCGAUCAUGGUUUGAUCAACUUAAAUCAGCAAUUCAAAGUUCCAAGAGUGUCGGAAACAGCAACGAGGAACACUGCCAUCUUUAAAUGAAAACAAUUUUACAAUAUAAGUGUAAGUUUAAGAUGCUACAAUAAAAUCCGCAGAACACUGGAGAUAGGAGACAUUGUGGUAAACUUAUUGUUAUAUGGUCGUGUUUAAUGAGCUAAAUUAUAACAUCAACAACAGCCGGGUAGACUUUGAAUAUAUCAUAUUUUAAGUUAUAAUAAUGUGUUUCAUAUAGUUAUACAGGUCCUGUGUGACUGGAUGCUAGCAAGCUCAGGUCCGUGACAUUCUCUAUUGUUUUUUGUCUUUGUAUUCUAAAUUUGAUAUAUCAUAUGUUAAACUUUUAUGUCUGAUAUCACAUGCUUGUAUAUAAUUAUUGAAUUUAGACAUGUCAUAGAGAAAUAUGAGCAAAUGAUAAAGUUUUAAUAUGUUAAAAUAUGUACGUGAGCGACCUUUGGAAGUGAUAUAUACAUAUUUCUUAACUAUGUUUAGUUUUACAUAUAUAUACUCUUUUAAUUUAAAUCGAUAUGAAUAUGUUAGCCUUGUUCAUUUUACGGACUUGUACAUAACCUUACAUGCUUAUCUUUACUAAAACAAAAUAAUUCUAUUCUACACUUGUUUGUACCAAAUUACAAAAUACGUAUUGUUUUUUUUGCCUAUUUCGUUAUUACCAAAUUUAUAUUUGUAAUAAUGUAAACCUUUGUCGUGUAUUUAAUGGUUACAUCUCAUAUCUUUUAUUCAAUUAACAAAAAAAUAACAGUUUAAGCGUUUGUUUGCAUUCAGUGAAUGGGCAACUGAAAAAAUCAUGUAUGAAUUGUCCUUUGAAUUUUUUUCAUCGCCGAAAAAACGAAACAAAAAAACAAAAUGUUAUUAACAUAAUGUUAUUAAAAAUAGAUAUGAUGUGAUUAUUCUUAAAACACGCUUUGUCUGCUCAUGUGUUUACAUUGUUUUGAAUAUCUUUUAAAACAUAUUUGUAUUUUGCUAUGUUAAAAUGUUAUGCAUAUCGGGUAUCGCUAUAAUUAUGAUAUACAUUAAUUCUAUGUUGAAUAAGGAUAAGAUUAUAUGAGCCGCGUCACGACAAAACCAACAUAGUGCGUUUGCGACCAGCAUGGAUUCACACCAGCCUGCGCAUCCACGCAGCCUGAUCAGGAUCCAUGCUGUUCGCUUACCAACUUUAUCACAAGUAGAGAAACUGAUGCGCAGGCUGGUCUGGAUCCAUGCUGGUCGCAAACGCACUAUGUUGGUUUUGUCGUGACACGGCUCACAUAUAUACUAAAGGUUGAUAUUGCCUUAGGUAAUAAAAAACAAUUGAAGAACAGCAAUGAUCGCACAUUAUUUCAACUAUUUGUAACACAAUAUAAUGUUUUUUAUUAUGUUAUUUAUAUUUUAAUGCUUUUUUUAAAAUGUGAUACAUUAUGUCCGAAUGCGUUACAAGAAGAUAUCGUGAUAUCUAUAAAGAUCACGUUUUUUUAAUGCAAUAGACUUUUCCUUCUUUUAAAUUUGAGAAAUCAAAUUUUGUUUUACAUACCUUUAGUUCGGUUCGAACUUCAGGUUAGUGCUACUUCAUGUACACUUACUUAUAAUUUUGUGAAAGUUGCAUUGAAUAUAAUAAAAGAACUGCACAUA